CGGGAGCCUGGAGCAGUGCAGGCUCGGGACGCCACGCAUAGACUGUGGCUGUCGCUCUGGCUCGCAGCCCUACGACCAUCCUGCCACCGCGUCGCGGGCCAUGGACCUGCCUAGGGGCCUCCUGGUGGCCUGGACCCUCAGCCUCUGGCCAGGAUUCACAGACACCUUUAACAUGGAUACCAGGAAUCCCCGGGUCAUCGCUGGUCCCAGUUCUGCCUUCUUUGGCUACACAGUCCAGCAGCAUGACAUCAGUGGCAAGAAGUGGUUGGUUGUGGGUGCUCCACUGGAAACCAAUGGCCACCAGAAGACGGGAGAUGUGUACAAGUGUCCAGUAACGCAAGGCAACUGCACCAAGCUCAACCUGGGCAGGGUCACUCUGUCCAAUGUGUCUGAGAGGAAGGACAACAUGCGUCUCGGCCUGAGCCUUACCACCAACCCCAAGGACAACAGCUUCCUGGCCUGCAGCCCUCUCUGGUCUCAUGAGUGUGGAAGCUCCUACUAUACCACUGGCAUGUGCUCACGAGUCAACUCCAACUUCAGGUUCUCCAAGACAGUGGCCCCAGCGCUUCAAAGGUGCCAAACCUACAUGGACAUCGUCAUUGUCCUGGACGGCUCCAACAGCAUCUACCCCUGGGUGGAGGUCCAACACUUCCUCAUCAAUAUCCUGAAAAAGUUCUACAUUGGCCCUGGCCAGAUCCAGGUCGGAAUAGUUCAGUAUGGAGAAGAUGCGGUACAUGAGUUCCACCUUAAUGACUACAAAUCUGUAAAGGACGUGGUGGAAGCCGCCAGUCACAUUGAGCAGAGAGGAGGGACAGAGACCCGCACAGCAUUUGGCAUUGAAUUUGCACGUUCAGAGGCUUUCCAGAAGGGUGGAAGGAAAGGGGCCAAGAAGGUGAUGAUUGUCAUCACAGAUGGGGAAUCCCAUGACAGCCCAGACCUGGAGAAGGUGAUCCGGCAGAGCGAGAAGGAUAAUGUGACCAGAUAUGCAGUGGCCGUCUUGGGCUACUACAACCGCAGGGGGAUCAAUCCAGAAACUUUUCUAAACGAAAUCAAAUACAUCGCGAGCGACCCUGAUGACAAGCACUUCUUCAACGUCACAGAUGAGGCGGCCCUGAAGGACAUUGUCGAUGCCCUCGGGGACAGGAUCUUCAGCUUGGAAGGCACCAACAAGAAUGAAACCUCUUUUGGACUGGAGAUGUCACAGACUGGCUUUUCCUCGCAUGUGGUAGAGGACGGGAUCCUGCUGGGAGCCGUGGGAGCCUACGACUGGAACGGGGCAGUGCUGAAGGAGACAAGUGCGGGCAAGGUGAUUCCCUACCGGGAGUCCUACCGUAAGGAGUUCCCGGAGGAGCUGAAGAACCAUGCCGCAUACCUAGGCUACACAGUGACAUCGGUCGUGUCCUCCAAGCAGGGGCGGGUGUAUGUGGCCGGAGCCCCCAGGUUCAACCACACGGGCAAGGUCAUUCUGUUCACCAUGCACAACAACCGCAGCCUCACCAUCCACCAGGCUCUUCGGGGCGAGCAGAUAGGCUCCUACUUUGGGAGUGAGAUCACCUCAGUGGACAUCAAUGACGACAGAGUGACCGAUGUCUUGCUGGUGGGCGCCCCCAUGUACUUCAGCGAGGGCCGAGAGCGAGGCAAGGUGUAUGUCUACAAUCUGAGACAGAACCGGUUUGUUUAUAAUGGCACUCUGAAGGAUUCCCACAGCUACCAGAACGCCCGGUUUGGGUCCUGCAUUGCUUCAGUUCAAGACCUCAACCAAGACUCCUACAAUGAUGUAGUGGUGGGGGCCCCUCUAGAGGACAGCCACAGAGGGGCCAUCUACAUCUUCCAUGGCUUCCAAAGCAGCAUCCUGAAGAAGCCCAUACAGAGAAUCGCAGCCUCAGAGCUGGCUCCUGGCCUACAGCAUUUCGGCUGCAGCAUCCACGGACAACUGGACCUCAAUGAGGAUGGGCUUGUGGACCUAGCAGUGGGCGCCCUGGGCAACGCUGUGAUUUUGUGGGCCCGCCCCGUGGUGCAGAUCAACGCCAGUCUCCACUUUGAGCCACCCAAGAUCAACAUUUUCCACAAGGACUGCAAGCGCAACGGCAGGGAUGCCACCUGUCUGGCUGCCUUCCUCUGCUUCGUGCCUGUCUUCCUGGCACCCCACUUCCAAACAGCAACCGUCGGCAUCAGGUACAAUGCCACCAUGGACGAGAGGCGGUACAUGCCACGGGCACAUCUGGACGAGGGUGCAGACCAGUUCACCAACAGGGCUGUCGUACUCUCCUCAGGCCAGGAACACUGCCAAAAGAUCAACUUCCAUGUCCUGGACACUGCGGACUACGUGAAGCCAGUGACGUUCUCCGUGGAGUACUCCCUCGAGGACCCUGACUUUGGCCCCAUGCUAGACAAUGGCUGGCCCACUACACUCAGAGUGUCGGUGCCCUUUUGGAAUGGCUGUAAUGAGGAUGAACACUGUGUCCCUGACCUUGUCCUGGAUGCUCGGAGUGAUCUGCCCACUGCCACGGAGUACUGCCAACGGGUGCUGAGGAAGACUGCACAGGACUGCUCCACCUACACGCUGUCCUUCGACACCACUGUCUUCAUCAUAGAGAGCACGCGUCGCCGGGUGGCCGUGGAGGCCACGCUGGAGAACAGAGGAGAGAAUGCCUACAGCACCGUCCUCAACAUCUCCCAGUCAGAAAACCUGCAGUUUGCCAGCCUGAUCCAGAAGGAUGACUCAGACAACAGCAUUGAGUGUGUCAACGAGGAGAGGCGGCUGCACAAGAAAGUCUGCAAUGUCAGCUACCCCUUCUUCAGAGCCAAGGCCAAGGUGGCUUUCCGUCUGGACUUCGAGUUCAGCAAGUCUGUGUUCCUGCACCAUCUUCAGAUCCAGCUGGGUGCUGGCAGUGACAGUCACGAGCAGGAGAGCACCACCGAUGACAACAUGGCCCUCCUUCGCUUCCACCUCAAAUACGAAGCAGACGUCCUCUUUACCAGGAGCAGCAGCCUGAGCCACUAUGAGGUCAAGGCCAACAGCUCUCUGGAGAAAUAUGAUGGCAUUGGGCCUCCCUUCAACUGUGUUUUCAAGGUGCAGAAUCUGGGCUUUUUCCCUAUCCACGGGGUGAUGAUGAAGAUCACUGUGCCCAUCGCCACCAGGGGUGGGAACCGCCUGCUGAUGCUGAGGGACUUCUUCACCGACCAGGUCAACACGUCCUGUAACAUCUGGGGGAACAGCACAGAGUACCAGAGUGCCCCAACUGAGGAAGACUUGAGCCGUGCCCCACACAGGAACCACAGCAACUCCGACGUGGUCUCCAUCACCUGCAACGUGAAGCUGACCCCCAACCAGGAAAUCAGAUUCUACUUGAUAGGGAACCUGUGGCUGAGGUCUCUGAAAGCACUCAAGUACAGAUCUCUGAAGAUCACAGUCAAUGCAGCCUUGCAGCGGCAGUUCCACAGCCCCUUCAUCUUCCGAGAGGAGGACCCCAGCCGCCAGGUCACAUUUGAGAUUUCCAAGCAAGAAGAUUGGCAGGUCCCCAUCUGGAUCAUCGUGGGCAGCACUCUGGGGGGCCUCUUGCUGCUGGCCCUGCUAGUCCUGGCACUGUGGCAGCUCGGUUUCUUUAAAAGUGCCAAGCGCAAGAGGGAGCCUGGACUGGGCCCUGUCCCCAAAGGGCUGGAGUGAGGAUCUAUUGGAGGCUUCGCAUUGAUGGGGGCCAGGCACCGGUCCAGGAGCUGCAGGCCCAGGCCUGUGGCCCCACAGAGCUGGGGCAAAGAGGAUGCCUGUGGACUUUGUGUUGAGCUCAUCUCUGGAGAGAUGGUGCCUGAUCCCUGUGGGAUGAACCGCAAGCCCAUGUUCGCAGCAACGUCUCUCCAAGAGGUUGAGUACUGAUCCCUAAGGACUUAAAGGGACCGCUCCAAGACCCGGGCUUUGUGGAGGGAAUCUGCUGCCCCAAACACUAAGGUGCUAGGGCUCUGUUAUCAUGCCCACCUCUGAAGAAACCCAAAGGGAAAAGCGGCAAAUACAAGCCCACUGUGCACGCCCCAGCUGGACCUCUAGUUUCAGGACUCCAUAGCCUGGCAGCAUAACCUCCCUCUCACCAUGUGGUUCCCAAGCCACUGCCAUCCCUUCUCCAGACCCCAAAGUUCUCCAGAGUUGUGUGGCUUGAUGUGGCAACUGCAGGCCAGUGGUGAAAGCAGACAUUUGAGGACUGUGCCAGAUGAGUAGGUGGGAGCCAGGAUGCUGGGUACCUUCCAAACAUCAGAAGGCAGCAGCGGAGCUCUCCAGCAGUGACUACCACCCACACACUCCUGCCCUCCUGCCUCCCUGAAGCUCCUGCCAGCUCCUUUGGUUGCUAGGCAACUCCCGGGGAGCCUGUGGAGGAUAUCAGUCCAUGGCUCUCCACACCCACUUGUCUUACAGCUGCAGCUUGUCCUGGCGCAGAUGCACUGAGGUGGGGAGCCUCUGUUCCUUGCAUCAGCCCCCGACACACACACAUACACAGACGCGCGCACGCGCACACACACACACACGCAUGCACACGUACACACAGGCGCACGUGCAUACACCUCCCACCCACGAAUGUGUGGGAGAAGGGCUCCUGGAGGGGCACUGUGGAGGGGCCCUCUUUGGCAUGCACUGAACAAAGCCCAUGCAAGGCCCCUCAGAACCUUAAACCUCAGAGGCAGACAGCUCUCUCACCUGCCAGCUCUAUGAACAAGCCCUGAUGACAAGGGGCAUGCCAGGUGCCCAGCAGAGUAAUUUAUGCCUUAGCCCUUUUUGUUGAGACAGAAAUGGACACCUCAAAGCCAUCUGCUCCCCUGUGCAGUACAACCUUUACUGUCAGAAAUAUAUUUAAGAAAAUUUUCUAAAAGGUGUUUAAAAACAACCAACAGACAUUCCAUUUUGUGACAGAGCAAGGCCAAAUUCUGCUUUAAAGAGGAAAGGGAGGUGGGUGUCUACUUCUAUCUAAAUGUUGGGCACAGUCUUCUCCAUUGUGUGGCCACCUCUCUCCCAAGGACUUCCUAGCCUCACUCGCUAGAACAUCUAGGUGUUAUGGUAGUGGGGCCCUCUCCCCUCACCAGCAGCACCCACCCCAUCUUUGGCCAGUUUCUCCAGGCGGGGCCUUCAAUGUCACCCCUCCCACACACGCACGCUGGCUUCUCUUCUAGAGAGGUUAACUCUUCCCCAAAGCAUCCCAACUCUAUUCCCGUGCCGUUCCCUUUCCACAGCCCCAACUAACAACUUACAAAGUAUUUGGAUGUUUCUUCAGAUUCUUUCGUGUGUGUGAACGUGCAUGCAUGUGUAUGUGUGUGUCUAUGUGUAUGUGCACAUAGGUGCCCAAGAAGGCCAGAAGAGGGUGGUAGCACCAUUCUCCACAGCAAAAUCAAGACUCAAUCCAGGAAUGCCAUCUCCCCAGCUCCAGAAGAGCUAAAUUGGGGGUCAAAGGUCAAACAGUGAAACUAAACCCCCGAACCUAGAAGUUCAUUUCCCUCUAACAGAGUAUCAGUAGCUGCCCUUAUGAUUGAGGUCACUGGAGAAAGGAGAAUGGACCAACCCACACACAAAAGCAUGUUAUCACUGGGUAAUGGUAGCACACACCUUUAAUCCCAGCACUCGGGAGGCAGAGGCAGGCGGAUCUCUGUGAGUUCGAGGCCAGCCUGGUCUACAGAGCGAGUUCCAGGACUAAUUCCAUUGCUACUGAGAAACCCUGUCUCGAAAAACGAAAGAAAGAAAGAAAGAAAGAAAGAAAGAAAGAAAGAAAGAAAGAAAGAGAGAAAGAGAGAGAGAGAAAAAGAAAAAAACAUGUUAUCAAGACAGGAGUGAUGGCGCACACCUUUAAUCCCAGCACUCAAGGGGCAGAGGCAGGCAGAUCUCUGUGAGUUCGAGGCCAGUCUAGUGAAUAAAGUGAGUUCCAGGACUGCCAGGGCUGUUGAAAAACAAACAAACAAACAAAAAACAAGAGGACUCAGCUGGUCUCCUCUCCAACACUGGCAAAUCUCAGCAGAGUGCUGCCGUGGGAAGCUGGCAUCAGCAGGCAGGUGUGUUUUUGGAAACUGACACCUGUGCUAUGAUGUUUAACUGCUCCAGUCACAACCUCUGGACUGAGGCAGACAGUCCCAGGGCUCCCAUCCCAUCAUGUCCCCUGUCUACCCCUAGACCAACUAAUCGACAAAAGGCAGAUGAAUCAGGCCCACCUGUACCUCCUCAACCUUCACCCUUAACACUCUCUCCUUUUUCUUAAUUCUACCUUUCUGAAUCCGUUUAUUCGUAAACAGAAAUGUCCAAGACUGGCCACGGCAGUGCUUUCACUGUAGAGGGAACAAAGCCUCACCUAAGGGGCAAGGGCCAUGGUCCCUGGGACUCUGAUCCAGGACAUCACCUGGUGAGCAAAGCCGCUGUGGGUGGCCUGUGCUGAGCUGAGCUCCCAGGCAAGUGACAUGACAGACAGCCCAGCAGAGGACAGGGAUUCAGCACACACGGGCAGCUCUCUGGGAUGGAUACUGGAAACUGUUUCAUGCUCAAAGUUGGCUAUGGUAACCCAGCCCUGGCCUAAUCGGGAAGGCCUUGUGGUUACUCAUGGCAAGUCUGCAGGGUGCGGCUUACGGUAGAUUUCACCCCACCAAAGUCCUGAGAGCCCCAGUGACACUGGAAGGGUUUGGGCACAUUUGCUGUGACUGGGAAGGGAGCUAAGCAUCAGGCUAAUGACAUCCACCAUUAGAAAGAAGCUCCCUCAAGGGCAACCUUGAAUCCACAGCGAACCUAGUAUAGUGGCACGGCAGCAGACACCUACAAUCCUAGCACCGAGAGGUGAAGGCAGGAGGAUCAGCAGGACAAGGCAGAUAAGUUUAAAACCAGCCUGGGCUACAUAAAACCCUGUCUCAAAACGAAACGCUAAAGUCAGGCAUAGUGGCGCACGCCUCUAAUCCCAGCACUCUAGAGGCAGGGGCAGGUGGAUCUCUGUGAGUUCAAGGCCAGCCUGAUCUACAGAGUGAGUUCUAAGAAAGCCAGAGCCACAUAGUGAAACCCUGUCUCAAAAUUAAUUAAUUAAUAAAGGAAACACUGUAUAGCUCACAGGUAGGGAUUAAUAACUGUGGUCUAGCUGCUAAUUCAUAAUUUUCAGUCAGGGGCAUUACACAACUGUACUCCCAGCUCAGGAGGCUGAGGUCUCAAGUUCAAGAACAACCUAAGCAACACACUAAGACCAUCUCAAAAACUUUUUUGAAACAUUGGUCAUAGAGCCCAGAGGUAGAGUACUUACUAAGCACAUUCAAGGUCCCAAGUUCAACUCUUCAAUCCCCAGUACCAUGAAAAAUAAAAUU